GCUCCGCCCUCCGCCCUGGACCUCGCGCACACAGGCCUGCCCGCGCCGCCGCAAGGGCCCGUGCGCGUUGGCCCCCCGUCGCCCGUGUCUGGCACGACUCGCCCCGAGCCGCCGCCGCCAGCGCUGGACUCCGUCCACGCUGGUCCCACGCCCCCCCCGCGCGGCCUCUCGCGCCUCGGCGCAGCCCCGCCAGCGUACGGCUCGGGGCGCCUGGGCCCCGCCAUGCCCACACCCGACCCCGUGCAGGUGGGCGCGGCGCUUCCGCCGAGGUCCACGGCGCGGCUGGGCCCGCCGCCUCCCGCCUACGGCAUCACCCGGCCGGGCUCGUGGCUGCCGGCCCUG